AUGUCGGAGUACAAGUCCCCAUAUGAAGCCAGCGCCUCGGUCCUCUCGACGCUAUCCUCCUCCGACAUCCUGCUCCUACUAUCCCCCGCCAUCCCCGGCCCAAUUCCCGACAUGGACCCCUUCGAACCCCUCGGCCGCGCCUUAAGCGGCUUCCACCCAAAAGUGCGCCAUGUACCCUACGUGCCGUCCAUCGGGAUGCGCGACAUCCACCGCGAAUUCCUCGCGGAGGCCGGCGCCGUCAUCGUGGUCCUUGCGUGCAGUCUGACGUCCAAAACGGAUUCGGAGAAGCAGAAGCAGUUCGCGCAGCAGGUCACGACCGAGCUGGGGUCGGAGGUGCCGUCGUUGCUCGUAGUCGUUCAGACGCCGCUGGUGGGAUCCGGGGACGGGGAGGUGGGGGUGGGAUACGAUGCCGUCCUCAGUGGGUCGUCGUGUCGGCCGGAGCAUCUGCAGGAUAUUGCGUAUAAGGCUUUUGGGCACGAGGAGUUGUCGAGGUACAUGUGA